UCAACAGCUCUGGUAAUGUUCAACUACCUAGCAGUAGAAGCAAGGCCCCAGUUCUACCGCAGCUAUGGGGGCCAGCAAGGGGAGUCUGGGCCACUGAAGAGCCGUCUAGAGCAGCUGAAGAAGCCAUGGUGGAGAGAGCCCACCACUCCGCUGGUGCUUCAGCAUAGUGAAACAGCUAGACUCGCUGUAGAUGCCUUUCUUGAGCAGGGGGAGCAUGGCUACCUGUGUGCCAUUACUGAGGAACGGGAGCUGCCUUUUCUUUCCACCCUGGACAUGGAAUAUAUGAACAACCAGAGAAGCCAAAGCUUUCCAGAACCCAGUGCCUUGAAAGACAAAGAGGACAACUCUGCUGACAUGGACCCUGGAGACAGGUCCUCCCUCUACUCUGAGCUAACAUCCGGCACCUACUUUCCACUUAUGUCUGAUGUGCACCCCCCAGAACUGGAGCUGGGGUGGCCAGGGAUGCCGUUCUUCACAACAUCAGGCCAGACUAAAGCCAGUGUGGUUUUUCAAAGAAACAAGGCUAACAGCAUUAAGGAUUUGGUUCGGUCCAUGAUCAGCCAGGCCCGGAUGGUGAUAGCAAUUGUGAUGGAUCUGUUUACAGACAUGGAAAUACUAUGUGACCUGCUGGAGGCCUCAAACAGACGGCAUGUCCCUGUGUACCUGAUCCUGGAUGAAGAAUACUUGAAGCAUUUUGUGGAAAUGUGCAGUAAAAUGGCUCUGACUCAAGACGACUUCCCAAACGUGUGCAUAAGAUAUCUGAGUGGAGACACAUACUACAGCAAAGCAGGCAAGAAAUUUGCAGGCCGAGUUCUGGAGAAGUUUACCCUGAUUGAUUGUGACCAAGUUCUUGCUGGUACAUACAGUUUCACCUGGCUUUGCAGCCAAGUCCACACCAGCCUGGCAACCCAUUUCCGUGGUCAAAUUGUUGCAGACUUUGACAAGGAAUUCCGGUGCUUGUACGCUGAAUCCAAAGCAGUGGCGAACUUUUGUGUGCCAGAUCCUGGGACAUGCCCCUCUUCUCAGAAUACGUCAAAGGAUGCUGAAUCCCUUUUAAAAACUGCCCGGAUAAAUGAUGCUGAAACCUCAAGCCCCUCAAGCACCCUCUCAAAUCUAAGCAUCAGAAGCAUAAAAAUGUCUCCCUUUCUGAAAAGCUACACCUGCAAUGUACAGCAGGAAAAACAAGAUUUGAGCCCUGAUUGUACUAGUGAAAGGGGCAAGGAAGACACCUUUCUGAAGCCUACUUGCUCUAAGCAGCAAGGUGAACCACCAGACUCCCAUCACAGUCUUCCAAAUAAAUCCACCCCAGCCAUGCAGCACAGACCAAAUCUCUACUCCCCGCUGAGAUGGGAGCAGAAUUUGCAGUCCCGUUCGGAGGGUGCCAACAGCAGUGGCAGAAGUGAGAACCAGAAAGGGCCCACUGUUACCUCCAGGGAACUGAUAACAGACAAUGAAAACAAAUUUUAUGCGAUGGAAAAAAGAGAGAGUCCUGGAGAAGGGAAAUUGGACCUGAUAUCUCCAUACAACCAGCUAAAACAAGAGAAGAAAGUGGCAAUUCCUUGCUGUGAUAAACUCAGUGAGGAAAUGCUGAUGGAAAAGAACAAUGUGUACGGGGCUGAGAAGAGAAUGACUCUUGGUCACAGUAAGCUGGAUCUGAUCACCAAAUACAACAAGUUAAAAUCUAAACACAUACACAGUCGAUUUGAACUCUGACUUGGUUCUCAUAGUCCUUGAGAUGCCCUUUCAUCUCAUUUACUAGUGGUUGUUUUUCCCUACCAAUCAUCACAUGUGGUGCUUGAAGUCAAAACAUGGGUGGCAAAUUAGUCUUGUUUCUUUUGAAAGGUACCUGUGCUAUGCUGCAGUCUCCUAUGUGAGCAGAUUCACUGAUUCAGAUGGGAUUAGCAAAUACAAUUUAAAAUUUUAAUUACAAGAUGAUGGUAAGAGAGAGAAAAAGAAAAAAAAUCCACACUUCUAUUUCCUUUUAUCUAUUUUGAAAAGGACUAUUUUCCCCAAAGUUGUUCUGCUCGAACUGUAAUCUGUUUGACCACUGAGGCCUUCAAGAUGAACCCAGGUUUUCUUUGCUCUCAUCAGUUCCUCUCCAUGUAGCCAUUUGCUGCAAAAGAAAUGGUCAAAAG